AUGUCUCUGGUUGACUCGGAGGCUUCCUUCAAAUCGCGGUGCAUUGCGGUAGGGGGCAAUGAAGAUCUUUGGAACUCCUUGAAGAGGCACAACAUCAAGACGUUUUCUGACCUGUCUUUUGCUUGUGGAACUCCGCAGGCACCACCCAGUGAUGAGGCUUUUCGCUUGUUUUCCGAAGAUAUCUUCGGAGCGGCGCUUACCUUGGGCCAGACGUCGAAGUUGAGGCUACCUGGCCUUCUGUUGGAGGAUGAGCUUCUACCUUCUCACGAGCUCGUGGAUGCAGUGGCUCAAAUGGUGGAGGUUGACCAGGCCAUGUUGCAGCUUAAGACCGAUCCAAGGGUGACCAUGCACUUGCUUCCAUUGCCCAAGUCUGCAGCUCCCGCGUCAGCCCCUGCUGAGGAUGAUAAGCCUCCUGCGCCCCACCACCAGCAACGUACUAGAACUCGCACGCCUGCCAAGAAGAAGGGCUUUGCUGGAGCCACAGUUGCGAAGGAUGCAAAUUGGAAGCCACUGGGCAGCCGCCCGCCUGUCGCAAAGGCGUCCACGCAUGUGCUUAUUGCCGCAAGCCUGGCCACGGAGCCAGGUAACACGCUCUACUUUGACGCCCAUCAGCCUCAGGAGACUGAGCCUUGGGCCCAGGGUGAACGUUUGGUUUUGGUUGCUUACACCAUGUCUGGCCUUGACAAGUUGCCGUCGCAGGAUGCCCGCGCGUUGUUGCAAGCAGGUUUCUCCCUUCCGGGACAGGCCGGCGCAGCCAUGCCUACACCUGUGAACUCUGACCAGCCUCGCCGUCAACCUGACUCGGGGCCAAAGGUUCAGCGAGCUCAGGGCCCGGGCCAGGCAGGAGUGCUUUCAGCAGAGCUUGGCGUCACCAUUGAGGUCUUCUGCGGCGCUGCGCGAUUAAGUGUUGCGUUGCAAGAAUUGGGCUUUGAGACAAUCGCAAUUGAUCACAUUGCCAAGUCAAAUCAUCCUGUCCAAACGCUCGACUUGACCGACCCGGAACAAGCCAAAAUCCUGGAAGAAAUUAUCGAAAAUCAGGCAGAGCGGAUUCGUCUCAUCCAUUUUGCCCCACCGUGUGG